AUGGCGACUCCCAACUCCAAGAAACCGCUGACUGACCGUUCGAAUGCGUCUCCAUCGGUGCGGAGUGGCUCCACGAAUAGCCCAAGUAGGUCUGCUGCCGCGAGCACUAUGCCGGCGAGUUCAGGUCAAGGCCUCGCUCGUACCCCUUCUAUCCGACAAACCCGGCCCUUGCGAAAAGCGCCGAGUCGCAUGAGCACUUCCUUUCCCUCCUCCGUCGAACCGGAAGUCGAAGACGACGAGAGCAAAUCGGUAAAUGCGCAGUUGAUCGCCGAUUUGAAAGAGCAGGUCCAGCGGGCUGAACAGGCGUCUGAACAAUAUAGAAAGCAAUUGGAGAUGAUGCAGCAACGUUUGGAUGAAGCGGCGGCGGAGCAGACCAGUGCGGAGGAACGAGAUUACCAGAGACAAUCGGAAUUGGAUCGAUUGAAAGCGGAGAUCAAGGAUCUCAACAGACAACGCCGAGAACUCGAACUGGCAUACAGCGAGGAUAAACAAACCUUUCUGCACGAGCGCGAAAGACAAGCAGGCAAGGAGGCAGAUCUGCAAUGUGUAAUUAGCAGGUUGAAUGAGGCAUUGCGGACUCGGAGCGCGGAAAGAAUCAGCGCCAGUCGUUCCGCAAGUAACACGAAUUCCCCUUUGCCGGAUACAAGUGAACCCGGCGAGACAAACAAGCGGGACGAGCCGGAUCCAGACUUGCUUCAGACGCUGCGGCAAAAGGAAACCGAUCUUGAAAGUCUCCGAUAUGAUCUGGCCGAAGCACAAUUGAAGCUUGCCGAACAGGAACACGUGGGCGACAGCAGGCUCCAGACACUGGAGACAGCCGUCAUGGAGUUGAAAAUGCAGAAUGCGAGGCUUGUGGAAGAGAACGAGAGUUUCCAGAUGCUCCUAAGCGAGAAGACUUUGAAGGGAGACUUUGUCCACCAUCACCACAACGAUGAAGAGGUUGGUGGAAUGAGCACGCUCGCCGAGGAACUUGAGUCCACCGAGGAGGACCCUGAAGGUCAGGGCGAAGCCUAUAAGAAGCUUGAAGCCGAGGUGAAGGCGGCCAAGGAGGAGAAUAAGGCUCUCACGCUGUAUAUCGACAAAAUCGUCGGGCGGCUACUUCAGCAUGAAGGAUUCGAGCACAUCAUCCACGACAAAGAGGAUCGACCGCCGCCUCCGACCAAGCCAGUUGUCACCGAGAAGGCGCUUCCAUCGGUACCAGAUCAGCAGGCGAGUGGAGCGGCAGGAGGAGUCACCAACAACUUUCUACAGAGGGCCAGAUCGGUCGUGUCACGUCCCGGGGCCAGAGGGCGUCCCAUGUCGUACGCUCAGCCGCCAGCCACGCCGUCGGCGAACGAGAACCCAGAAACGGCACCUAGCAUCCCACUGAACCGGGGACAUCGUCGGACUCGAUCUGACCAGGCGCAGGCCGACAUGGCAGCUGCAGCGGUUGUGCAGCAAAUGAAUCGUGCGUCUCCCAUGCGGACCGCGUCUGGAGGACCGCUGAGUCCAGGGAUUCGACCGCUCAGUCCUCAGUUGGCCCAACAGCGGCGGAGUUCCUACUUUGGGGCACCAGCUGCCACUCCUCGCGCGCUGUCAGGCUCGGGUCUGGGUGCGGCAGGAGGAAGCUCAGCCAACAGUGUCGCCAGCGAGAACAGCGAAGAUGUCAAAUCUAACACGGAUGGAAGUUCUACCGCCGCAGUGACAGGCGGGCACAGCCAGAGUCAAGGACCUGGACAAGGACAGGGCAAUGGCAAUAUUCCUGGAGCGGUGAUGAAGCAGAACCAAUUGAGACCCUUACGGUUGGUUCAGGAGCAGAGCCAGCUGGAUGAGGACAUGCAGAAACGAGCCAACAGGGGAAGUUGGAUUGGAUGGCUCCGCGGCAGUACGAUUGAGGCCCAACAGGACUAG